GUCCCACAGCAGCCCACGUAUUUGACAGCUAAUGUUGCUGAGCAGCAGCUUUCCUAACACACGCUGUCGUUGGGUCUCUGGUACACACAAGUAAUCGGCCAUUUUUCGAGACUUUUUUCCACCCUCUUAGAUCUUGCAUCGAGUGUAUUUCCCGGAACAGUUUGUAACAGGCGGAGCCGAGUGUAGGGGCCAUGGCCUUCCUUGGGAGUGCAGUUCGGCGGGUGGUGUCGGCGGUGCGGCCUCCUCUUUCUCCUCUGUGCCGGACAACAUCUCGGUCGUAUAGCUCAGACCACACCAAGGAAAAAAAUGUUCCCUAUGAGAAGACACUCAAACAGGAGGAAGGGUCCUCCUCUGGACCCACUAAACCUUUACCCAGGUCAGCAGAUGUGGUGGUGAUCGGAGGCGGCAGUCUGGGCUGUCAGACCAUCUACCACCUGGCUAAAAUGGGGAUGACCAACGUGGUUCUGCUGGAGAGAGACAGACUGACGGCUGGUACCACCUGGCACACUGCAGGCCUGCUGUGGCAGCUCCGUCCCAGUGAUGUUGAGGUGGAGCUCUUGGCCCACACCAGGAAUGUGAUCAGCAAAGACCUGGAGGAGGAGACAGGUCUCCACACAGGCUGGAUCCAGAAUGGAGGACUCUUCAUAGCCUCCAACAAGCAGAGGCUGGACGAGUACAAGCGCCUCAUGUCGCUGGGUAAAGUUUAUGGUAUCGAGUCCCAUGUCCUGUCACCAGCGGAGACCAAAGACCUGUAUCCUCUGAUGAACGUUGAUGAUCUGUAUGGAACCCUGUAUGUCCCCAAAGAUGGCACCAUGGACCCCGCAGGCACCUGCACCACCCUGACCAGAGCUGCCUCCGCCAGGGGAGCCACGGUGAUCGAGAACUGCCCAGUGACUGGUAUCCAAGUGCGGACUGAUGAUUUUGGUGUAAAGAGGGUGAAGGCAGUGGAGACCGAACAUGGGACCAUUGAGACACCUUGUGUUGUGAACUGUGCAGGUGUGUGGGCCACCAAGCUGGGGGAGAUGGCCGGAGUCAAGGUGCCUCUAGUUGCGAUGCAUCAUGCCUAUGUGGUGACAGAGAGAAUUGAAGGCAUACAGAACAUGCCAAAUGUCAGGGACCAUGAUGCAUCAGUGUACCUACGCCUCCAAGGUGACGCCCUCUCUGUGGGUGGUUAUGAACAAAACCCCAUCUUCUGGGAAGAGGUGUCUGAUAAAUUUGCCUUCAGCCUGUUUGACCUGGACUGGGAUGUAUUCAUGCAACACAUCGAGGGUGCAAUGAACAGAGUUCCUUGUCUGGAGCAGACUGGCAUAAAGUCCACUGUCUGUGGACCAGAAUCCUUCACAGCCGACCACAAGCCGCUGAUGGGAGAGGCUCCGGAGGUUAGAGGUUUCUUUCUGGGCUGCGGCUUCAACAGCGCUGGCAUGAUGCUGGGAGGUGGUUGUGGUAGAGAGCUGGCUCACUGGAUCAUUCACGGCCGCCCUGAGAAGGAUAUGUAUGGUUAUGACAUCAGGCGUUUCCAUAACUCGCUGACAGACAACACAAAGUGGAUCAGAGAGCGGAGUCACGAGUCCUAUGCUAAAAAUUACUCUGUGGUGUUCCCCUUCGACGAGCCGCUGGCCAGCCGAAACAUGAGGAAGGACCCUUUCCAUCAGGUGCUGACAGAGCAGGGCUGUGUGUUCCAGGAGAGACAUGGCUGGGAACGACCUGGCUGGUUCAACAAAGACGGGCCCGCUCCUGUUAAAGACUACGAUUACUACGGGGCUUAUGACAUUAAGAAGAAUGUGAACUACAAAUACAACGACUUGCUUGGCAAAGAGUACACCUUUGGCUUCCCUCCUCAUCAUGACGUGAUAAAGAGCGAGUGCCUCUCAUGUAGAAACAGUGUGGCUGUGUUUGACAUGUCCUACUUUGGAAAGUUCUAUCUCACUGGACCAGAUGCCAAGAAGGCGGCUGAUUGGCUGUUCACUGCUGAUGUCAACAAGAAGCCAGGCUCCACUGUGUAUACCUGCAUGCUGAAUAAGAACGGAGGGGCGGAGGCUGACCUGACAGUGAGCAGACUGGAGCCUGGUGCUGCCAACCUGCCCCUGGCACCACAGUCCAAUGGUGACGCAUACUACCUGGCCAUUGGAGGUGGUGUCGCAGAACACAACUGGAACCACAUUAGAACCGUUCUUCAGGACCAAGGCUUCCACUGCCAGCUGACAGACCACUCUGAGGACAUGGGGAUGAUCAGCAUCCAGGGACCCAAGAGUCGAGAGGUGCUUCAGGAGGUGUUGGACACCGACCUGAGCAAUGAAGCUUUCCCCUUCUCUUCACACAAAGUUGUCAAUGCAGCAGGGCAUCAGGUGCGAGCUAUGCGUCUGUCAUUUGUCGGCGAGCUCGGCUGGGAGCUUCACAUUCCCAAGGACUCCUGCCUUCCAGUCUACCAUGCUGUCAUGGCUGCUGGUGCAAAACACGGCAUCAUCAACUCCGGCUACAGGGCCAUCGACUCACUCAGCAUAGAGAAAGGGUACAGACAUUGGCACGCUGACCUUCGCCCAGACGACACACCCUUGGAGUCGGGGCUCGGCUUCACCUGCAAAAUGAAGAGCUCCAUCCCGUUCCAGGGCCGCGACAGGCUGGAGAAACAGAAGCAAGAGGGGCUGAGGAGGCGCAUUGUCUGCUUCACCAUCGACGAGAAAGAACCAAUGUUUGGUCUGGAGGCCAUUUUCCGUAACGGCACUCCUGUUGGUCACCUACGGCGUUCUGAUUAUGGAUUCUAUGUCGACAAAACGAUUGGAUAUGGAUAUAUCCGCAACCCUGAUGGAGGAGUGGUGAGUGCCGAUUUCAUAAAGAGUGGCGAGUUUACCCUGGAGAGGAUGGGAGUGACGUACAAGGCCAAGGCCCACCUCAAAUCUCCAUUUGACCCUCAGAAUAAUCGCGUCAAGGGCAUCUAUGUCUGAGUCGGACCACAUGUGAAAACUGAAGAAAACGCGCUCUGGUCUGGAGGAAGAGGCUGGGAGAGGUGCAGCUGUGAUUGUUUCUACAUGCAGGUGCAGCUGUUGAAUACUGGGAUAAUUUUAUGAAGAUUAUAUCUGUGAUUUGCUGGAACUGGAGGGAUGAGAUGGAACUUUAAUAGAUGUUCUAAAAUCUGUAUCGAGAUAUAAAAGAGGUGCUGAUAUGAAUCGGGUAUCAAUGUUUUGUUGUUAAGUUUCACAUUUUUAUACACACUCUGAGAAUAGCACUGUUCAUGUGAGCAGUAUUACUAUGAAGACAGACUCAUGAGGUAUCUUAUUAUCUCCAGUAAUUAAAAAGUUUAAGCAGUACGUCUGAGUAAACUGAAAAAAAGAACCAACUUACUUUGAAUCAUGGUACGUGUCCACAGGGGCGUUUCUAGAUACAAAGGGUCAUCAAAAGACUUGACACAAGACUGUUAAGUACUUGAGGGAUAGUUAUCAAUUUGUCUUCCAUGACAACCAGCAGGCUACACCCUCCCCCAACCACACAAACACUUCCUAGAUGCUCCUGAUUGGAUGAAUACUUUCCCUCGUGGGCUGUUUGCUCCAAAAUUUUACACCAGAAAAAAAUUGUUUGGAAACGCUGUUUUAUAUUACGAAAAUAGCAGCCACCUUGACCAUGUAGAUAUAUCUACACACAGUACUGCAGGACACGCCCACUACAUGACAUGUCUUAUAAACUUAUAAAAAUAAGUUUAGGGCCCUGAGAGCUCACAACGCUGCAACUUAAGAAAACACAUGCAAAUACACAAAACACAAGAAAAAUUGAUAAAGAUGUUUUCUUUACCGUACCAAAAACUACUUGUUAGGUUUGGGAAACAAUCGUGGUUUGGAUGAAAAAAAGUUAUACCAGAAGUUAUCUCAGGGGGCGUGUCGUGUAGCCGGCAAGACUGCGGUAAGACCCUUCUAAACCUGACGUCCUAUAGCUCCACAGCUUUAUCAGAAUGCAUUGUACAGCUGUUAACAUAGGCAAUAAAUGGGAAGUGUGGAAAUGCUGCAUUUUGUGGACAAGUACCAUAAAUCUGCACCUGGAUUGAUGUUAAGGGUGCAACAAGUAUGACUUUGUAAGACACAGUAGAUAAUCUCAUACAAAAAAAUCCUUCUUAAUCGUAGUUUAUGAGCCACUAGAAGCAGAGACCCUUCCUGCCUUCUGCCUGUAUUUUUUCUUUUCAUUUUGCUGUGUUCGGGACGUUUCUGAGUGUGCCAUUACUGACGGUUUACCUGUCUGUCUGUCUGUCUGAGUCCCAGAAUUCCCUGUCUGGAUGCAAACACUACGCCUCAUAGGUAGCUUGACUGAAGAUCUCUAAACUCACUGGUGAAUUACAUGUCUUUGAGCCAGGAAGGAAUGGCCAGCUUUUUGGGGUCAAACCCUACUCAUUGUGCCUUUUAAGUACUCAAAUAACAGCACAUGAUAAAGUUUUAGUUUUAGAAAUAGCAAUCAGCAGUAAAUUUAAGCUAAUACAGUAUCAAAGUCAGAACACUAGAAAACUCAGGAAGUCUUUAUCAAUCUUUGUCUAGAACAAGCUGAUAUCACAGUGAACCUGAUGAUAAACUAUAAAACAAUGAUUAUAGGUAUGAUGUUGGUGUUUAACAUGAUGCAAAGAGAGCUGCUGCAGCACAAUAAAAGGGUUAAAAGAAGAAGUUACAGAUGCAUGAGUGUGCAAAAGUAAAUACCGUAAAUUCUCAAUUAGUGGAUUUGUGUACUUAGCUUUAAAGUAAGCUCUUUUAUAAGACUAAUAUUAGAAUAAAGUCAUUCAUAAUAUUAUAGUGUAGUGCUGUAAUAUUUCAUUUCUAAUUCAUCCUAUGAGGCCUUAGAGUAGCAUAUUGGGAAAUAAAAGUGUUCUCAAAUUAUACACCAGACCUUCUGGCAGUUUGAGUCAGAUUAAAGUGACUGAUGUUUGUGCUGAUAAUAACAACUAAAAACAGAGUUUCACUUGCUUGUUUGGUAUCUAAAUCUUAGGCAGACAGAGUGUUUAUCAGAGUCGGAGGGGAAGGGAGAAAAAAACACCCCGAGGCACAGCGUAGCAGCCGGGGACAAAACACUGCUGGAGAAAAAUGACAGAAAAAGACAAGAGUUAUCAGAAAGCAGCUGUUACAGAUAAACCCCCUUGUUUUCUGUCCCGUCCCCCCUGUUGCUCCGCUCUGCAGCGUUAAACUGCUGUCACUGCUGUUUGCAAACUCUAUUCUCCUAGUUUUGUUUUUCAACAGAUGCAUUGUCAUUUAUUAAGUCUUAUCUACCAGUUCAGGCAUACAGAGAACUUAUUUUGUGUUGUUUUGCUGUUAAAUCAGACUCGCUCCGCUUGAUGCUAAAGCUAAUCCAGCACGAGGCAGAAUGAGAACUUUUACUGUGAAAUACCUGCAGGAUGCAUCAAGCAACAGCACAUUAACCAUCACCUUGACCUGUUAAGGCUUUCAAUAUAAGAUAUGACCUUGGUAGAGUGAAGUAAGAGUGUGGCAGGACUGUAUUUUAGUUUGUUUAUGCACAACUCAUGGUUGAUAGAAUGAAAAUGUCUGAAAGGAAAAACUGACUGUGAUCACAAAUUCACUCAGGACAUUUUUGGAUAUUACAUUUUUCUGUCAUUUUGGCUGUUAAUGCCAUAUAGACUAUAAGGUUAAUGCACAUGGCGCACAGUUAAGCAAGGGUCUAAAAGUGUUUUGUUUUUUUUUUUUGGAAGUUCAGUCUCAGCUCCUAUAAUACAUGCAACAGACUUUGUUCCCAAAAUACAGACAUUCAGGACUUAAUGUCCCUACUAAAUCAUCAUAAGAAGUCUUUUUUUAUUUUUCACUAGAUUGAGCAAUUUAGUAUGCAAAAAUUGAUGUUGAUGUCUUUUUUCUUUUUUUUUUCAAUUAAAAAAACAUAUCGUGGCAUUAUGCAAUCAAACUGGCUUUUAACCACUGAAAAAAAUUGAAAAUAAUAUGGUUGUUAUCAUUUGGACUAAAGAGAAAUAAUCUAUAAUAAAUUAUGUGGAAUGUAGCAGCCUAUAAUGUAAUAAUUUCCUAAUAAUGUUAUAACGCCUGAAAAUGUAAUAACAUUUGCACUUAACUCGAUCGAAAAUGUAAUAAAACCUCAUAAUGUAAUAACUUCACCAAUAAUGUAAUAAAAUAUCCUGACUGAUAUUGUAAUAACAUUUUUACAGAUAAUGUAAUACCUUAUUACAUUAUUGGGAAUUUAUUAUGUUUUCAGGAGGGUUUUUUUUUUUUUACUUGACAGAUAAUGUAAUAUAUAUGUUCAUUUUCAGUCCAGAGUUCUACAUUUUGUGUUUUGAGAAUCUGAGAAUGUUAUUUACACAGGAUUUGAAACAACAGAAAGACUAUUGGGUUAAAUUGCAGACCUUGAGUACAUGCAACUACAUCCUGCAACUAAAAUAUCAGUCAGGAUAUUUUAUUACAUUAUUGUUGAAGUUAUUGCAUUAUUGGGUUUUAUUACAUUUUUGAUUGAGUUAAGUGCAAAUUGUAUUACAUUUGCAGGUGUUAUUACAUUAUCAGGAAAUUUUUACAUUAUAGGGUGCUACAUGGAAGUUUUUAAAAACUUUUUACAGAAAUGCACAAGGGUUAAAUGCAGUUAUGUGCCGUAAUUAAAGGUGAUUUGUUGAUUCUUUGUGUCUACAAGCUAGCUGCAAAAAGUGAUUUUUGUUAUGACACUUAACAUUGAAUUUGAUUUUAAUUCUGUAUUUGUGUUUACAUUCACUCACAGCAGCACAGCUCCGUCCAAACCAAAACCAAAGUUCAUUACACACACUGGAAACCGCAGCCAAAAAAAAAAGUGUGUCAAAGCAAAAGAAAGCAUUUGUAUGUAUGGCCUUCCUCUCAGAUAUGUGUUGCUGCACGUUCAGCACAAAAUGUUUACUAAUGCAGAAUGAUUCAUUGAUUCAGCCCAGAAGGCCAUUAAUCAUUGAAGUGGUUGUUCCCACUAGAGGCUUAGGUUAAUAACAAGAUUUAUAUGGGAAAUGUGAAACAGACAGAUAAAACACUAUCACUACUGGUCUUCAACCACAAUGUUUUUUUGUUCUUUUUCCUAAUUCAGUGUAUAGAAUUUCUCUUCUUUCUGUAGUGUGAUGUGAAUAAUGCAAAGCAGGUAAUUGUUAAAUGCAAAAUGUAUUAUGAAAAACUGUUUGACCAGUUCAAUCAACAAAAAUGACCAGUAAAAUUGUUUAAUGUUAAACUGGAGUCGUUUAAUCUAUUCAAAGCUAUUCAUGUAUUAAUAAAUUCCUUUUUAACUG